UAUCCAAUGUUGGAUCGUGGGCGCAGCAGCCUAAGACAAGAAGCCCAGACUUCCCUCUCCCAGGCUGCUCUGUCCAGCUCCUCCCAGCACAUCCUGAGGCAUUCCCAGGCCAGCUGCGAGACAGGCUCUCCAACGUGUCCUGGGUCUUCCCCGAGGCCAUGUUUUUGUUUGAUUGCUAUCAUGUCCAGGAGGUGGAUAGCUGAUUCAAGGAGAGAGGAAAACGUCUGAAUCCCAAUAAGUUGAUCCCCAGUGGCUGAAUAGAUUUCAACACAUUUCUAAGAUAUUUCAACAUUCAUUCUGCAGUUCAGUUCAGCUCCAGCGUUUCAGCAUUCACAUGCAUUCACAUGCAAUUUUGAUUGAAAUUGCUUCAUCGAGCUAAGAGUUUCACUGUCUCUAUUUUGCAACUUCACUAAAGUUUAAAAAUUUCAACUUCAUUUUAAUAUCAAAUAACACUAUUAUCACUAAUAUUUGUCAUAUGGAAUAUAUAUUAUUAUACAUAUUAGAUAUAUUUGUUUACUCGCUUAGUUAUGCAUUUAGCCCUUUUCUCCCAGGUGCUUAAAGUGGUAAAAGGCACAUACCUGCCCGAGGUUCUCCCUCUCCACUUAAAGGGGUUGUUUGGAUUUUUUGACAUGAAGUUGUAUCACCUCCCCAUCAGCAGUGUAGGACAUCAACACUAACUUACUGCCCACUUCGUCCUGCAAGCUGAGUUAUAGUCGGAUUUUGGUGAUGAACAUAGUUUUGGUUAGUUGGUGGGGCCACUUAAGAGUUUGGCUUCUCAAAACAAUAUGCGUUCAAAAGAGUAAAUACGUUUGCAUCACAAAAAUGACUCCUCGAAAAAAAUCGUACCUCACAAUUGCUCGCAUUACUUUCUCUCCUGUUGUAUGACUGCGCGCUACGUCUUCCACAGUGUUCAACAUGCGCGGAUGAAGACCUUAUGACUAUACCGCGUCAAAGCGGUCUUCAUCUGCUUUGGAACACACAACAAUGGACAGGCGACAGCUCGCAAUGAUAAGCCGCCCCAGCAACUCACCGGAACUACAUUCCUCAUCACCGAAAUCCAACCAGAACUUAGCUCACAGGACGAAGUGGGGGGGGUAAGUCACCGUUCAUGCACUACACUGCAGAUGAGGAUGUCAACCAAUUUCUUGUCAAUAAAUCCAAACUAUCCCUUUAAGUCCGCCCCUGCGUGCUUCUGAGGCUGCAAAAAGUCCAGCACCCCUGGAAGGUGAAACAUAGCGCUUGAAGUUUGUGGCGUACUACAACAUGUUUUGUCUUUACACUGGACCAUUCAUUCGUCUGAAAUGAACACAAAUUGUUGAAUGAUGAUUAUCAAUCAGCCAUUUAUUGUCUCGCUUCAAUUGCAAGGUGCAGUGCACGUGCAUCUGCUGAGCCUGCCUGCCCAAAAGGAAGAGGAGGUGGUGGUGAUGAGCGAUCAUUAGUUUUGGAUGUCUGGACUUUACGGCGCCCCAAAAGGGACAUUAUGAGGGAAAAAAAGAUCUCAAGAAACUAUUGCGAGAUCCUUACGUUUUUCAAGCCUUGUUUAUGUAACGGAUGCCAGCCUGUGAGGCUGUGCAAGUGUACUUGGUAAACCUCACUCCCUCUGCCUUAAGAGCUGCGCUGAACACGUGGUUGACAAUACGGGCUUUUGGUCGUGUGGUCAGCGCUAUCGCCUCCCAUUGCGAAGGUUGUGUGUUCGCACCGGGGCGGUGCGAAUCAGGGCGGGUUACAUUUACUCCCGGCAUUGUUGUUAUUGCUACAACGCCGCUGAUUGGCUUCUGAUUCGACAAAUUCUGAUUUGGCACUUAUGGGUAAAGUUAAGGUGGAAUGAACUUUUGUGCUUUUGUGACUCAUCUUAUUGUGAAAACACUUAAUGCAAGACAUUACCUUUACCUGACACCCAUGGCUGUAUUUGUGAAACAUUGAUUUUAUUUGUAAGCAAUAAAGAAGGAAUUAAAAAGAAUAAACCCCUCCAAAAUCAAAAUUUCGUUUGACAUCAAUAAUUUUCUUUUUACAAUAUGUUGAGGGCCAAUAAAAAAAACGAGCUGCGAGCCGAUACCACUGGAUAUCCAGCUUGGAUAGCACUGGUUUAGAGAAACAUGAUGAAAUGAUGUUUGUGUUGAUCUCAGCGGGACACAUCUGCAAGAAGUAUUUCUAAAUCGCAGUUAUAGGAUGACAAGCUCCUCCUCGACAGACAGUGAAUGUUGUGAAGUGCAGAAAACCGGAAGUCACAUUUUGUUACACUCAGAAGAGGAAAAAGUCACGUUGGUGUUGCCAUAAAGGGGCACAGUUGUGUGUUUAUCUUACGGGAAGUGUUGGAAAUGUGUCAUUAGCGACAACCUAAAUCUUGGGGGAAAAAAAACAACGUCGAGAGAUUUGGUGCUAGUUGGAACUCAUAUAACGGACUUUCCCUCUUAACAUGGAACAUGUCACCCACCAGGAACCGGCCCAGUGUAACACCCCCAAAUUCCUUGGUAAGGCUGGUUGGGUUAAAAAGGCCCCCUGCAGACUGCUGGCCAAAUAUAAAGACCGCUACAUCCAAGUGGAGAGGACAGAUGUUGUAGUAUACGCAAACGAGGACCUCAAGAGCUGCAUUGAAAGGCUUGACCUCCAGAACUAUGACAAAUGUCAUGAAUUAAAGAGUCCAUUCAAGAGAAAACACAGACUGGUCCUUAUCCGAUCGCUCAAGUCUGGAAAUAAGAUUCAUGACAUGAAAUUCCAAGCGCAGACUUCUGAGGAAAAGGAAGCUUGGAUUAAAGCCCUAAGUGAUGGGAUCAGUCGAGCAAAGAACAAAGUUUUGGAUGAGGUCAAAAUGGAUGAAAGCAGUCAUUUACAGCAUUUUACCCGAGAAAGACCCAAAGGAAACCGUAACCGCCGCCCACCAACCAGGAUCCAUUUAAAAGAGCUGGCUGAGCUGUCAUCUGAAGGCACGCUGCACCUGGAUCCCGCCGCCAUGCCGAAUAGGACAUCUGCCAAUGUUCACGACACUGACAUCCUUGGAGAAACCGACAACCCCCUCGAGAAGCGAAAUGAACCAGAAGUCGAGGAGAACCAGUUGCAGGUGAAGGCCUCGAUGCUGCUGUUGGCCCCACCUGAAGACAUCAAGACUUUACCUGCUGAUGAAUCCACAGAACCCACAGAAGCGAGUACAUCGAAAGAAAGUCCUGGUCCAAGAAGAAAGACAGGUCCCCCAGCACCACCUCCAAAACUCACAAGCAGCGAUUCAAGUGAGCUGGCUGGAGAUUUUCAAGUGAGGCAGCAUGCCCACCCUCCAACCCCACCAACCAAAGACAAGAAGCCAUUGCGUCCUUCAGGAUUAAACCAAGAGGCUAAAGAUGUACCAGAGGAUCAUGUCUGUAACCGUGAUACCACUCCCUGCACGGAAGGAUUUGUUUUAGAAGAAGAAUCCAAUAACGACUUCAACAUCCAACCCACAGAAGGCAACACAACUCAAGCAGAAGAGAUCCUGCUGACUGACCCCAUCCAUUCCAGUCCAAUUCUUCUUCAGACCUCACAAGAACCGAAUGUAGAGGAAGGAUCUGUUAUUUUGUAUGCGUGUGAAGACGCAAUGGCAGCCUCUACCUGUACAGAUGCGCUGAACAUUCACAGCUGUGCAAGGUUCACGCCCCCAAUAGUUCCAACCGCACCUCAUGCGCCAUCGGGCUCAACCAAGACCAGAGCGGCCUCCUUCGGAGAUCUGCUGUCCAUCCCGUCAGUCAGUAUUCAUGCGGUACGUGCUGUCACUCCGAGCGAGGCUUUGAGCGACGACUUGGCGGACAUUGAAAAAGAGCUGACUCAGGGAACGGCAGCGACAAGUGAACUCCUGAGCAGAGUGCGCCGGUCAAAUGUGGAGGGAGAGGAUGGAUGCAUGGCAGAGGAUCUGCUGGCUGAGGCCAUGGAGAAGCUAAAGAAGGCUGAUCAAGUCCUCAGAGAAGUCAAGAAACUGAAACUUGCCAAGACUUUGAGUAAAAGAAAUAGCUGGUGAAUGUAAUUUAAUGAAUCCACGGUUGGACAUGAGCAGAAAUACAUAUUUUCAUGAGAGAAGAACAUUUUAUUCAGUUGGAAUAUGAACAUGCACAUGCCCUGCGAUUGGCUGGCGACCAGUCCAGGGUGUACCUGGCCUCUCGCCCCGAAGUCAGCUGGGAUAGGCUCCAGCAUUUCCCCGCGACCCUGAUUAGGAUAAGCGACAUAGAAAAUGGAUGGAUGGAUGGAUUAUGAACAAAUAACUUCAAAUAACAACUUCUUCAAUGCCAACAUUUGUUGAUGCAUUUCAUGUGAUUUCUAUGUGAUAACCCCACAUUUCCUUUCCUUGGCAUGCAUAGCUCCAAUGUACAACAAAAGGUUAUCCCAAGGUCAUGUAAAGCAGGUGUAGAACCAUGCAUUUGUGAAAGAAACCAACUGAAGGCGACACGAGCAACAACUUGGCAACAGCAGCAAAAGCCUCAGAAAGGAGAGAAUAUGAUGAUAUUAGUACAUUUCCAAGUGGGGGGACAGGUUACUAACAUGGGUACACCAUUCACAAUUCACCAACCCUCUUUACAUCUGAAGGGGCCAUGCUAUAGACAUCUUGUUUUCAUGGAUGCUUGACUCUCAGUUUCUUCUAUUUUUAUACACGCCUGAUCAACAUUUUAAGACUACUUGAAAAAUUGCAAGAAUUUCAAAAUGCAAAAAAGAAAUGGAAGAGAGACAAAAAAAAAUUUGAAUAUGGCUUCAUGGGGGGCAUCCUCUGCCCUUGCCGUCCAUCCCCAAAUGUUCUCAAUUGGAUUUAGAUCGGGGUCAACAUCGCACUUCUUCAAUGUGGUCCCGUGGAUGCCGCAAGACUCCAUUCCCAGGAAUGAAGGCAACGGAAUAUCUCGUUUCUCUCGUUUUGUGUGUAUUAAAAGGGCACACGUGACAAGAAAAAACAGGUGGGCUCCAUCUGUGGUUUUCCAGGAUGGUCCAAAAGAGUGAGUUUAUCCUGUCCUUUGUCAGGCGAGCAUUGUGAACUGCAGCGUUGUCCUGUUGAAAAAUCCAGCUGUUACCACACAGACGAGGGCCUUCAGUCACGAGGGAUGCCCCCUGCAACAACUCCACAUAGCCAGCUGCUGUUUGACGCCCCUGCACAACCUGACGCUCCAUGGUUCCAUUGAAGGAAGACAAGCCAUCAGGACCAUCUACUGUAGGUUUUCUCAUCAAUAUAACUUUGUCACCUUUCAAUGUCCCAUGUUUGGUGCUCUCAUGCAAAUUCCAAACUGGCAAUUGUGUGGCGUUAAAAGGAGACGACGUCUUUGAAGAUGCCGUUUGAAGGUUAUUGAACUGCACUCGGUACCAGUAACAACCUUCAUUUGGCUAAGGAUUGUCAUGUGUCUUGACGGACAGCCAAUCAGAACCACUUGAAUUUUUUUUUUUAACAUAUUGUACUUUAUAUGUUCAUGCAAUGUUAAGAAAAUAUGUAACAAAAUAGUGUAUUGGGGGCAGCAGCAUUAAUUAAUGCGAUUAAUCUGUGGAUAUGUAAAAAGGUAUAAAUAGGUGACUUUAAACCUUGUAGGAGUGACUUUGCUCCAUGAAACCUUAGAAGAAAAUGUUACCAUGACAGAUUUGUGCUCCUUUUACACUUUUUUGAGGCACUGAACAUUUUCUAUGCCAUUCAAACUAAUUAGGGGGGUCGCAGUUAUGCUAGAGCAGGGGUCACCAACGUUUUUCCUUGUGAGAGCUACUUUUAGAAAAUGAAAAUGGCCAAGAGCUACUCAUUUUUGUAGAAAUGAUUUUCAUACCUAAUUUCAACAAAAUGCUGGUGUCCACAACUCACAUUUUAUGUUUCAGAAUGCAUUUCUUUCUACUGUUCUUUCAUUAUUAACUGAAAACCUGAAUGAAAAGCAGGCUUGCGGGCACCUCCUGUGGUCGUGGGGGGCUACCUGGUGCCCGCGGGCACUGUGUUGGUGAGCACUGUGCUAGAGCCUAUCCCAGCUGACUUUGGGCGUACACCCUGGACUGGUCACCAGCCAAUCACAGGGCACAGCCAUUCACACACAUUCAUACCUAUGGACAAUUUAGAGUCUCCAAUUAACCUAACAUGCGUGUUUUUGGAAUGUGGGAGGAAACCGGAGUACCUGGAGAAAACCCACACACCCUUAGGGAGAACAUGCAAAAGAUCAUUUAAAUAAAGUUGUAAUAAUUGGCUUCCCUGCUGAUUUUGCAAUAAAAAAAAAAUAAAGAAGCUUUUGGGCUGCAAAUAGCCCCCAAAGAUAGUAGAGGUUUAUAGUAAGAGAGAUGGAAUAUCAACAACAUCCAUUCAUUGAAUUUAAACAUGAAUGACUUUGUUAGGGAGUAAACCUACAAAAUCAAAUACGCAUCAGCGGGAAAGGAUUUGAUGUGUUUUCAUUGAAAGAUGCGUACAUUUA